UUAAAAACAGAUUAACAGUGAAGCAAUUAGAAAACCCUCCCGGCGCCGGCUCCAAGUGUCGAACUUUUUUUUCUUCUUUCCAAUUAGAGCUUUCAAAAACAAAAUCUGACAGGUAAAUGAAGAAGGAGAAGAGUUUCCAAUCAACAAUAUCAUAUUUCCAAGUAUUUUCGAUCCAUGUUUGCUGCGGACUAGCCUUGGCCGUUGGAUUUUGGGUGGCCCACAAUGUCUAUUUCAUCAAUCUCAUCUCUGAUACCUCCGCCACUCUUCGUUUGAUCUGGGCUAUUGAAUUCCCGGUUGUUAUCCUUCUUUUCAGUUGUUGUACACAGAAACCGGAGAAGUGCUCGUAUUUGAAAGCUAUUUGCCGAGGUCUGCUGGGACUUCCUGUUGGAGCUCUUUUAAAUGCGCUUGGAGCGCUAGCUUUGGGGGCACCAGUCGGAUUGCAAUACUUUGAAAGGACAGUUAGUUGGUCUCUUCUGAUGUCUUCAUUGACUUUUGUACCUACAGCUUGCGUUUAUGGUUCAUGUUGGACAGAUUGGCAUCGCAUAUUUGCAUGUACAAAGCCGAAUGGACCUUUGGAUUUCAUGCUUUGUCUACCAGCACAUGGAGCUGUCAUUGGAGCUUGGUUUGGUGCUUGGCCUAUGCCACUCGAUUGGGAACGCCCUUGGCAGGAUUGGCCAAUCUGUGUGAGUUAUGGAGCCAUGGCCGGUUAUAUGGCUGGGAUGGUGGGAUCCCUUGGUCUUGCACUAAUGCGUGCUGCAGGAGGAAAGCAACUGAAAGCAGAGUAGAUGAUUGUCUUUAUUCCAUUUCAG